AUGGAGAGUGGCACAAAUUGCGCUAUUGAUAGUUCGGACGAGGGUACAAAAGAUAAUAUUGUCCAUUUAACAGUCAAAGCUACGACCAAUUAUCAUGCUAGUAUUAGUAAAAGGCCUGGCACCGCAAGCAUUGAGGUAGAAUAUUGGGAUACGGACAUUAGAGAUAGUACGAAACAAUCAUUGGCAGUGAGUCCGAAUAGUGCUAGUAUGGAGAAGCAAAGAGAUCACGGGAGUGAUACGGAACUGGCCACAAAUCAGGCCACUAUGGAUAACAACAAAGAAGUCGCCCAAUCCUAUGCCGGCACGCACGAGCUGAUAUGGGCGAGAACGUUAACGACACCAGUACCAUGCAAUGCUUAUAGCUUCAAGGACGACAAGCAUUUUAAACUUGUGAAAGAAUGUCUCAACGCAGGCGAAAAGUUGGAUGCUGCACUCUUACAAGAAUUGACUAAACCUUCUCUGGAUGCUUUAGAAACUGCUUUGAAGAAGACAAACUACAGGUUCCUUUUAGAUCCCAAACUCGUGACAACAUAUUUGAAGAUUCAGGGUGGUUGUUUCAAUGCAAUUGUAAUCAAUACGGCUACGCUGAAAGUCCGGGAGCAAUCCAAGUGCUUAUACAAAUUUCCUGGGUCGUGCAUGGGUAGGCACGUGCUGGCCGUGGAUAUAACAACUCCCACUGGCAGUGUAGCAAUAUUGAUGACAAGCCAUUUAGAGAGUCUGGCGAAAAACUCUGGCGAACGCGUCAAACAAAUGGACUGGGUCUUCAAUCAUAUGGACACACUGAGUAUUCCGAGUAUAUUUGGAGGCGAUACAAAUAUCAGAGUAAAAGAGGUGAAGUGA